AAAUUUCUCUGGAAAUGGAGUACAAUAUGUUUUUUCUUUGUGGUUCGUCAGAGCAUUUAUUUUUUGAGCAUAUGUAGAAGAAUUAGAGGCAGUUUUAUCAAGAUUUUAAGUGAUAAAAAUUAGUGACCACCAAGAUUACCACAUACAAAUUAACUAAUGGAUUGGAUGCCUCAAAAUCAUUCCCGUUCCUUCUCGUCUCGAUUAGAUUUGGCAAGAGCAACUCAAGCAAGUGAAUUUGUGCCUCGGGUCGUGGCUUCCAGAGCAUCAGCUUCACCGAAUUUCUUGAAUUCAGUUUCUUCAAUACCCAACUCUCCUGCUGUUCAUCCAAUCACCAAAAAGUUCGAUGAUAGUGAUUUAUCAACCCGCGUUACCCCAGAAUCCGUCUCCCCACCCCUUGUGAAUAGCUCACCCCUCAUCAACAACUCAUCUCUUGUCAGCAACUCUCCACAUAGUAAUGGCUCACCUCUUCUAAACAGCUCAGCUAUAAUACAUUCAGAUAAACUGAAUAGCAGUCCAGCAAUACCUGCUUACCAAGAAAAUGUUGGAGGUACCACAUAUUUCUAUCAGUACCAAUCUCCACCAGAAAACUGUCAGCAAAAUGAAACCACCUUGAACACUACUCUGCCACCUGCUUUACCUGAGUUUAGUGUAUUUUCUGUAAAAAAGGAGCCUUCUUAUUUUAUGUCUGAGGACCUCAGAAAUGAUAUUCUAAAUCGAAAUGUGUUAACUCUUAUGCAACCUGAUCCACAGCAAUUUCCUGAUCUUCCCCAAGAAGUUGAUAGCUAUCAUGAUCUUGUCCCACUUGAACCCAUAUCCAAUACUUUGCACAAAGCUCAUAUGGGCUACCAAGCAUCAAUGUACAAAGCAACCCAUAUAAAAACAGGUGCACACUUUUGUUUGAGAAGAAUCCAUGGUUUUCGUCUGUCCAAUACAAAAUGCAUGGCAUUUGUUGAGCUGUGGAAAAAACUUAGUCAUUCCAAUAUAGUCCAGUUGAAAGAAGUGUUUACUACAAAAGCAUUCAGUGAUAACUCAAUGAUAUUUGUCUAUGAUUACCAUCCAGGGUCAGAGACUCUCUUGAACAAACAUUUCUCUCCAGACCAAGCUGGUUAUUGUGAUCCUUUCAUUAAUGAUACUUCUACACCUCGACCUUACAGCUAUCAAAAAAACAAUAUACUGAGACACACACAGAAUAACAAACUGCCUGAGCCACUCAUUUGGAACUAUAUCAUUCAGUUGACCUCUGCACUCAGAAUUAUCCAUACCAAUGCUUUGGCUUGCAGAAGUUUGGAUCCAACAAAAAUCAUCAUCAACUCUCGAAAUAGGUUAAGACUGAGCUGCCUGGGCGUGAUGGACGUCGUCCUGCAGGAAACGAACUCGUCGAUCAACCAGCUGGCCCUCGUGCAGCACUACCAGCAGGAGGACCUCUCCGCGCUCGGCAAGCUCGUGCUCGCCCUGGCCUGCAAGAGCACGAUGGCCGUGCAGCGCGAGAACAUGUCGACGGCGCUCGACAUCGUCAGCAGGUCGUACACGGCCGACCUGCGCAAUCUCAUCAUGUACCUGCUGGCGACGCAGCAAAGGAGGAGCGUCACCGAUCUGAUGCCGAUGAUCGGCGCUCGGUUCUACACUCAGCUGGACAAUUUGCACAACCACAUCGAGAUUCUCGAUCACGAGCUCUCUAAGGAACUGCAAAACGGCCGCCUCUUCAGGAUCAUGACCAAGCUGGCGACCAUCAACGAGCGGCCUGAUUUCAACUUGGAGAGCAGUUGGGCAGAAACUGGUGACAGGUACAUGCUGAAACUGUUCCGAGACUACGUGUUCCACCAAGUGACGCAAGAGGGCGGGCCCUGGCUGGACAUGGCGCACAUCGUCCACUGCCUGAACAAGCUCGACGUCGGCGUGCCGGAGAAGAUCAGCCUCGUGUCGAGGGACGAGCAGAGCGUCCUCGUGGUGUCCUACGCGGAGCUCAAGCACUGCCUCGAGCAGUCCUACGGCGAACUGGCGGGCCAAGCGCACGACAUGUCCGGUCUGGAGAAACUGUAGUGGUGCCGUGUCGGUUGACGGAAAGACGAUGAAGAGACUGCGAUCAGGUAUAUUUUAGUCUUGUCUCACUCGACCCACAACUCUGAAGAACGAAAGACCACCGAUUUCCAAUUGUGAUAGUGAUAUUAUAUCAAAAGGAUUAUGAAAAUAUCGCACCACUUUGAUAUUUUGAAAUAGAUUCGGAAUCAUAUUUUGUCAAUUAAGGAUUUUAUGUUAUAUUUAAUAUCACAUAAUCAUACCUCAUUGUACUUGCACAGCGUUAUUCUAGAACCGAGUGCCGAUAAAAUUUUAUACUCAGG